AGAAGAGGAAGAAGAAGCCCGCAACACGGAAGUACGUGGGAAACGUCUGCUGGUCUUCUGCGGUUAAAAUAAGUGUCUUGAGAUGAGACCAACGGUGGUUUUUACGUGUUCAGUCCUAUUUUACAAUUUGGAGAUUGUACAUUCCCGAGGUGACGAUGGAAAGCAAGAAUGGCCGAUUCCUUACAGGCGAUUUGAUUGUCGUCCCGCUGCGGACUCGUACUGUGAAGCCAUGUUCCCCUUCUGUCCCACUGGCGACAGGGAUGGCCGGAUCCCCUACAUGAAUAACUGGGAUGUCAUCUCGGUAUUUCGACUGCAAGCUCCAGUGUGGGAGUUUAAAUAUGGAUCAUUGCUGGGGAAAAUGCAUAUCAUGCAUGAUGCCAUUGGGUUCAGCAGUGCUGAAACGGGGAGAAACUACACCAUGGAGUGGUAUGAACUCUUCCAGCUGGGCAACUGCACCUUCCCUCACCUGAGACGUGAGACUAACAACCCCUUCUGGUGCAACCAGGGAGCUGCAUGCUUCUUUGAGGGGAUUGAUGACAUCCACUGGUCUGAGAAUGGUACCUUGGAGAAAGUGGGAGAGAUCUCAGGUGGCCAGUUCAACGAGAUGGCCUUGUGGGUCCAGGACGACAACCAGACUGGGAUUUAUUAUGAGACGUGGACGGUCCGCUCAGACCCCGGCCCCAACGCCACCGUGUGGUUUGACUCCUACGACUGCUCCCAGUUCGUCCAUCGCACCUACAGGUAUCUUACGCAACAGCGAGCCAAGCUGUCCAGCCGAUUCCAGACCAACUACACUAAGAUCUACCUGUACAGUGGGGAGCCGACCUACUUGGGGGAUGAUGAUUCUAUCUUCAGGGAGCCUUCUGCGAAGACCCUGGCUGAAGACAUCCGCAAGUUCUAUCACCCUUUCCGACCACACCAGUCAUACAUGGACUUUGUCCUCAGUCUCGCGGAGGCUUAUCAGAAGGUGGUAGAGGAGAAGAGCUUCUACUUGUACUAUAACUUUGAAUAUUGGCACUUACCCAUGAAAUCUCCAUAUGUGCAGAUCACAUAUGAGGAAGUGCCUUUGCCGUAAAGCCACAAUUUGUAAUUGGUUUUUCAGCCAAACGGCAGCCGAGCUGCCACUUUGCAUUAAAGCUGAGGGAUGGGUCUGGAAAAAAAUGUUACCACUCAGUCAGAUGGAGCUAUGGAACGAAGGACUAUCAUUAAUUCAUUGAACUGCCAUAUUAAACUUUGUCACAUGCGCCGAAUAGAUCAACUGUAGACCUUACCGUGAAAUGCUUACUUACAAGCCCUUAACAAACAGUGCAGUUCAAGAAAGAGUUAAGAAAAUAUUCACCAAAUAAACUAAAGUAAAAAAUCAUAAGUAACAAAAUAACAACGAGGCUAUAUACCGGGGCUACUGGUACUGAGUCAAUGUGUGGGGGUACAGGUUAGUCAAGGUAAUUUGUACAUUGAGGUAGGGGUGAAGUGAAUAUGCAUAGAUGAUAAACCGUGAGUAGCAGCAGUGUACAAAACAAAUGGAGUCGGGGUCAAUGUAAAUAGUCUGGGUGGUCAUUUGAUUAUAUGUUCAGCAGUCUUAUAGCUUGGGGGUAGAAGCUGUUAAGGAGCCUUUUGGUCCUAGACUUGGUGCUCUGGUACCUCUUGCCGUGCGGUAGCAGAGAAAAGUCUAUGACUUGGGUGACUGGAGUCUGACAAUUUUUGGGGCUUUCCUCUGACAGCGCCUAGUAUAUAGGUCCUGUACUGGGCUGUAUGCACUAUCCUCUGUAGCUCCUUGUAGCGCCUUAUGGUCAGAUGCCGAGCAGUUGCAUCACCGCCUGAUAUGGCAAUCUGUCAGGACGCUCGAUGCGGAUGUUGCCUGUAAUCCAUGGCUUCUGGUUGGGAUAUGUACGUACGGUCACUGGCGACGACGUCGUCGAUGCACUUAUUGAUGAAGCGGUUGAACGAGGUGGUAUACUCCUCAAUGCCAUUGGAUGAAUCCGGGAACAUAUUCCAGUUUGUGCUACAAAACAGUCCUGUAGCAUCCGCGUCAUCUGACCACUUCCGUAUCGAGAGUCACUGAUACGUCCUGCUUCAGUUUUUGCUUGUAAGCAGGAAUCCAGAGCUAUUCCAUAUUGCAUAUUUUUAGGUAGAGACAGCGAUGCACGAAGUAAACAGCAACAAGUAAGAAUGUACAUGUUUUGGCCCUGCGACUAUCAUGUUGGGGCAGUGUAAAGUGCACAUGUGCAAAUA